AUGGAGGAAAUUCUACAGCUCGAUUCGGUCCAGCAGCGUCUCCCCCCUGCAGUGCCUAGCACGGACCUGCAAGCCCAAGUCGCAAACAGCGACGACCUGCCCGUCCUCGUCGUGCUAGACGACGACCCCACCGGCACACAGACAUGCCACGGCAUCAACGUCCUAACAGUCUGGGACGAGGAGAUCAUCACUCGAGAACUGCAGCAAUGCAACGGCGGUUUCUUCAUCCUGACAAACUCGCGCGCACUCCCUACUCCUGAGGCACGCUCCCUAAUCAGGGAAAUCUGCACAGCCGUGAAGAAUGCCGCUUCGAAAGCACAGCGGUCAUUCGAGAUCGUCCUGCGCGGCGACUCAACCCUGCGCGGACACUUCCCGGCUGAACCAGAAGUUGCAGCGGAAGUCGUCGGGCCAGUAGACGGCUGGAUCCUGGCGCCGUUCUUUCGGCAGGGCGGGCGGUUGACCAUCGACGAUGUGCACUAUGUUGCGGACCCCAACGGGGAUUUAAUUCCUGCUGCGCAGACUCCGUUCGCGAAGGAUGCGACGUUUGGGUAUAAGAAUUCGAAUCUGAGGAAGUAUGUUGUCGAGAAGUCUGGUGGGUCUAUUGCGGAAGACCGCGUGCAUUCGAUCUCGCUAGAUGAUAUACGCACGGGCGGGCCUGAUGCUGUUUCGAAGAAGCUGCUUAGCUUUGGAAAGGGGAGUGUUAUUGUAGUGAAUGCCGUGGUUGAUACGGACAUGGAAGUCUUUGUGCAAGGGUUACUAGCUGCGAAAUCACAAGGGAGGACAUAUCUCUAUCGGACAGGCGCUGCAUUCGUCUCGACAAGACUGGGAAUCUCGCAGAUUGCACCUCUAACUCCCAAAUCACUCAGCAUGAGCACCCACGCCUCCCAACCAGGCGGACUGAUCCUAGCAGGGUCCUACGUGCCAAAGACGACUGAGCAACUGCAAUCACUCAUCGAAGGCAGAGGUUCCCAUCUCGAGGUCAUCGUCCUCAGAGUCGAAGACCUACUGAAAAGCCCCGAAGCCGCAGACCAAGCAGCCCUAGACGCAGCGGAUAAAGCCGGCCAGCUGAUCCUCAAUGGCCGCGACGUCCUCGUCAUGACAAGCCGUGACCUUAUCACCGGAAACGACGGGAUAUCCAGCUUGAAGAUAGGCAGCACUGUCGCAGCAGUUCUGGUCCUAUUCCUGCGUCUACUCGUUCCGCGCCCCCGCUACAUCAUCGCAAAGGGAGGCGUCACCUCUUCAGACGCAGCAUGCAAAGGACUGCGCAUGCGAAGAGCCCAGAUCCUCGGACAAGCUGCAUCAGGCGUGCCCCUGUGGCGAUGCGACGAGCCAACCUCCAAGUUCUCGGGGAUCUCAUACGUCGUGUUCCCUGGGAACGUAGGCGAAGUCCACACCCUCCGCGACCUAGUCGCAUCAUGGGCGAAAAACGUCAAACCGGGCAUGGAAUACCAACGCCUAGGAAACAGUUCCCUUAAAGUCUCCCGAGUCAUCCUCGGCUGCAUGACAUUCGGCAAUCCCUCCUGGGAGGGCAGUCCCUGGGUCCUCCCAGAAGAAGAGGCCCUGCCUCUCCUGAAAAAGGCAUACGACUGCGGCAUUAACACAUGGGACACGGCGAAUACAUACUCGAAUGGGAUGUCCGAGGUGAUAGUCGGCAAAGCACUAAAGAAAUACUCCAUUCCACGAGAAAAGGUCGUUAUCCUAUCCAAGCUGUACUACCCAGUGAUGGACAUCACCUCAAACGCACGGCCCAACCCCGCCGUGAAUGACGGGGCUUUGGUAAACCAGAUGGGACUAAGCCGGAAACACAUCUUUGAGGCCGUAGACGCCUCGCUGAAGCGACUAGGGACAACAUACAUCGACGUUCUGCAAUUACACCGGGUCGACGAGACCGUGCGUUCUAAUCCCGAGGAAGUCAUGAAAGCGCUACACGAUCUUGUCCAGGCCGGGAAAGUGCAUUACCUCGGCGCGUCGAGUAUGCACUGCUGGCAGCUGGCUAGGUUACAUUACACGGCCAAGAUGAACGGGUGGACGGGGUUCACGAGUAUGCAGAACCUGUAUAACCUGCUUUACCGGGAAGAGGAACGGGAUGUAAACCCAUUUUGCGAAGUUGAAGGGAUUGGAUUGAUUCCUUGGAGUCCCCUGGCCAGAGGGUUACUUGCACGGCCGUCGAAUGUCCAAACGGAGCGGUCAAAGCGGGAUGCGAAGACGGCUAAGUGGUUUACUGGGGGGCAGAAUGAGAAGAUCAUUGGCAGGGUGCAGCAGAUUGCGGAGGGUAAGGGGUGCUCUAUGAGUGCAGUCGCCAUGGCCUGGCUACUUCACAAGGGGGCUUGUCCGAUUGUUGGACUGAAUAGUUUGGAGAGAAUUGAAGCUGCAACGGAGGCAUUCGGCUUACAUCUUUCAAAGGAGGAGGUACAACUGCUGGAGGGGUCGUACCAGGCUUUGGCAGUACAGGCUAUUUAG